CAUUUGUUACGUUUCAGGUACUGAAUCCCAGAAUCCAAAGAAGGAAUAGCCCCUACAGAAAAGACAUCGGUAAUCCAUCCCUGCACACAGAACCUGGUUCCAGGACUCCUGAAAUUCCAGUUUGACUGCUUGGUCAGCUCGGUAAAAGACCUGUUCACGACAGACUAAUGACAGAGUCUUGAUGGAGCAGUUGCUUCUUUGCACAAAUGACCCUCAGGAGUCUGCAGAAGCUCUUACAGACAAACAAACUGGAAUACUGGUGCAUGAAGCAGGGACAGAGACACUAUCUGAGCUGUCCAACCCAGCUGAUUAUAACACAGUAAACAUUUCCACUGAGGAGAAACUAGCAGACAGUGAAAGCUUAAACUAUCCAGUGUACAGCAUGUCUUUUUGCUUAGAGUCUUCACAAAAGGCUUCUUUUAAGGGAUCUUGUUUAGAUCCAUCUGAACCAGAAAGUGAAGUGUUACCUUCUUUGCCUGAACACUGCAAUGACUUUAUUCCAGUCCUACCCAGUGCAACAGAGCUAUAUGUUGAACCAGAGACAUCUCCUGUGUACUGUCUGAAGAACAAAAUUAGUACGACUGAAUCCGACAAUUUAGAUGGUGUGGAGGUUCCAGCAACUCUGUCAGACCUUUAUAUUUUUGAGAGCGACACACAUGACUUCAUCCCCCCCCACAUAGCAAAUCCUCACAAGAUUACGGGUCCCGAACACCAGCCAAUAUCACAGUCGGGAGAAGGAAAGGCAGACCAAGAAUGUGAUGCACAUGUUCCAAUGUGUUAUUCAGAAGGUAUUGAGACACACUGUCAAAGUGGCUUUAGAGAGGAACGAGCCUCAGAGAACGUGUCAGAGGCAAGCCAACGUGAAGAGUUACGAGCAACUGCUGCAGAUGCCUGGGAGGUGGACUGGAUGUCGGAAAAUAAUGUGAGAUCAGGGAAAGCAGAGGUCACGGCUUUGACCCUCCAACGUCAGCACAGUAACAGCCCUGCUGAGCUGUGGCUGGACGCAUGCCAGUAUCUGACAGGUGAGCAUGAAGAAGACAAGGAGGUUUGGGAUCAUCAAGCUUUAGGCAACUCCUUACAAGAGUCAGAUUACAACCCCAGUGACAGUAGGAGAAUUGGUUGGUCACCAGUCAAGAGGUGGUCAUCAGUAGAUAGUUGGGCCAGUGCGCUCUCAGACUGGACUGGGAUAAUUGAAGAGCCGCCAGAAGACAUCACAGCUGCUUUCACAGAGAUAGGGGCUGAGAUAGAUGCUUUAACACAAGCACUACAGGAGGUGACCACUCACUUGGAGCCAGAGACACUGCAAGAAGAUCCAAGGGCAACAGCGGUGGAAGAAAAGCAGCAAACGAUGCGUGUGCCUCUAAAAACUCCAGAUAUCUCAGAGAGCUCCAUCCCUUCUGAACAAAGCUGUCCUUUUUUGUUUGAAACUUCAAGACCUGAGCUUUGCAACAGAGGAUGCUCCUGGAGGGUUGAAUCUCAUAAAUGUGGAGGAGAACUAGAGCUACAAGACCUCCAGUGCAGACAUGCAGAGUCCUGCCCAAAGUCCGAUCUGCAAAACAUAUCAGCAGGUUCAUCCUCUGUUAAAGCAGAUUCUAGUGAUCCGAUUGAGGUCACACCUAAUGCUGGAACUGUGUCUUCAGGAUGUUCUGACCUCCCUCAGUUUGACAGAUAUUUAAAGUCCUGUGCACAAGAUUUGUUUUCCAGUGAAGAAGACCAUGCAAUUGCGCUGAAAAUAACAGAAGAUGUGGAUUUGAACACACAAAGAGAGCUGCGGCUUGAGGAGGCUUUUGGAGACGACCUGUGCAAAUUUUCAAAUGAAUGCAUCCUCCCCCAACAGGAGGACAAGGGUCAAACAGAUCUCUGUGUCUUCUCUGCACAUGUUCAUAAAACAUUAAACGAGCCAGGUGUGGACACACAAACCGACCCACAAAUAAAUGUCUCGUUCAAAACCUUUCCAGACUCAGUUGGAGCAAGCCAGGUGGAGCCAGAUAGUCAGGAGCUUAUUAUGUGCUUAGCUCCUCUCAGUGGUGACUCUGCCCUCGUCUGUCAGACAAGCAGCAGCUUGGAAGGAGAUCAAACUUGCACCAAAACCUGCCUGAGUGACAGAAUCAGUUGUGGUCAUGUGCAGGACUGCACACCUUUUCCAACCCUGGGUGGAAUUACCAACAAACAAUUUCUGGAAGGUCACGAGGAGCUGAUUCAUAAAAAGCAGAACAUAAUAAACACUGCUGAGAAAUUCUCUCCAGAUGAGCUACAGGAGCUACAAGCUGAUGAGACUGUGUGGCCUUUUCUCUCUGUCACUGAGGAGAUUAAUGAUCUCAGCAGAGAUCUAGCAAGGUUCUCCGUUUUUCCUGGAGAUCAUCUAUUCAUAUCAGAGAAGGAUGCUGUUGCAUGCAUCACUUUAGGUGUGAAUGAUCCAUUCAUCCCCUGGAUAUCAGAACCCAUCUUCACAGCAGCCAAAUCUGAGCAGGAUCAAUCGAAAAUGGCUCACAAAACCAACAAGAAUAUCUCAGACAGCAAAACACGCUCCAAAAAAGAGAAAUCAGCUGGUCAUCAUCAUUGUGCACAGGCUCCCAAAAAACAGGACAGUAUAUCUCAGCACAUUUCCAACCAGCAGACCAGGAAACAGCAAGAAUGCCACUCUGCAACUGGGGAAAAUCAUGUUAUUGAAAACAAUGAAGCAGGUCUGGAAGCCAAGGAGGCUAAACUUGUAAUGGAGACCAGUGUGGGAACUGAGAAGGGCACAGGCAGGCCGCAUGGUAAGAAGAAAAAGAAACAUGGUCAUAAAACAACAGUUAAACAUGAAAUAAAGGCAUCAGUUGAUCUGGAACAUGGAACCAAACCAAAAACUCCAAACGGAAAGGUGGAUAUGUUGGAGACCAAACCUGAGCUUAAAGCUGGGAAAGCUCAGCUAGAUGCAAAUCAGUCAGUUGUUGCUGAAACAAAAACCCAGCAACCAGAAGAUAAUGUGCCUCAAAGAGCUCUGCAUGUCUCUGAUCAUAAAGAGCUCACAACUGAUGUAAUCAAAAAGCGACGUGUGUCAGGGGAUAAGUUUGGAAAGAUUCUCAGUGUUUUGGAAUCCAAACUACCAAAAGCAGAUGCUUCAUUAAAAGCAAAAGGAGAGGAGACCCAAACAGAGAUCGCAGCUGCUCAGAAGAAAGCAUACAGUGAGGUGGUCAAACAGAAGAUCCCACCAAAAGAAGAUCCAAAAGUGGUGGAGCCCAUUCAGGCGGUGUCAGUAAGUGGAGACCAUCAGAGUCUGAGCCUUUGUUGUCAGUUUACUGGAGUCCACUCAGACUACACUGUGACCUGGAGCAGAGACAGCACACCACUGGCUCAGAUAAACAGAAGUGCAGGAGAUGAGAGCAGAGUGUCAUUGAUGAUCAGCAAUGCUUCCCACAAAGACCUGGGCAAGUACGUGUGUCAGCUCAGCUGCUCCCAUGGUUCUGUCUACCUGGACUACUUGCUCACUUAUGAAGUUCUCAGUGAGAUUGUCAUACCUGCAUCCCCAAAGAUCAUUUCAUCUGAGCCAGAAGAACUGUGCAGUGAAGAAGAGGCUGCCCACUGUUCAAGGCUUUUAUUCAAAGAGGAUUUUCUGUCGGAUCAGUACUUUGAAGAGAACCACCCCAUUAGCAUCCAAACCGAAAAGAUUCACUUUGGGGAGGGGAUGCAUCGGAGGGCUUUCCGGACUAAGCUGAAGGCGGGUCAGAUUCCCCUGUUAGUCCCGGGACACUCCUGUGUGCUCAAGGUGCACAACGCUAUCAGUUAUGGGACCAAGAACAACGAUGACCUCCUUCAGAAGAACUUCAACUUGGCUGUAGAGGAGUGUCAGGUCCAGAACACAGCGAGGGAAUACAUUAAGGCUUACACAUCAGCAGCUAAGUCUGUUAAAGCAUUCGGGGACAUCCCAGAGAUCAUUCCCAUCUACCUGGUACACCGUCCAUCCAACAACAUCCCCUACGCAACACUAGAAGAGGAGCUUAUUGGAGACUUUGUCAAGUAUUCAGUGAAGGACGGUAAAGAGAUCAACGUGAUGAGACGGGACUCAGAGGCAGGGCAGAAAUGCUGCGCCUUCCAGCACUGGGUCUACCACAACACAGAAGGCAAUCUGCUGGUUACUGACAUGCAAGGAGUGGGCAUGAGGCUAACUGAUGUGGGGAUAGCAACCUGUAAGAAAGGGUAUAAAGGAUUCAAAGGUAAUUGCGCCACUUCCUUCAUUGACCAGUUCAAAGCUUUGCAUCAGUGCAACAAGUAUUGUGAGAUCCUGGGACUCAAAUCCCUCCAGCCUAAAGCCAAAAAGGUCUCAACUGCUCCAAAACCGAAACCCCCACCUUCUGCUGCAGCCAAAAAGAAGACAUUUGGGCCAACAGUGAAGAACAAGUCAUAACAUCAGGAGAACAUUGAGCAAAAUGUGUUUUUAUCUUCUUUGGAUGUCAUAAUGCAGAGAUUCUGGCACAGAAAUCAGUUCGGGGUUGCAAAACACCGAACCACUAAAGAGACGAUUUACUUUACUGAAAUGGACUCUCAUACAGUCAGAGCCUCUUUAUUAAUCCGAACAGUUCAGAGGAGAUAUUAUAUUUAUUUUUGUGACAAUUUCUACCUGUCUCCUAGUGUUUUUAUUGCUCAACUCUGUGAAAACUUGUAAUAUAUUUACAAAAUACUUAAUCAGCGAUAAACUGUCAUGUCUUAGAUUGCUUGGGUGGCUUUGGAUUAUUUUCUUUACAAAUGGUAUGUUGUAUAUUUUUGUAUUUUGUUCUCCAACAUUAAUUUAAGCAUUUGAGAAAAUGGUAUUCUACUAGAGUAUGAGUGGCUGCUGUUUAUUUCUUUGAUUUGUCUGGUGGAAAAGCAGAAACUGAUUUGACUGACCUCUUACUUUAGUGGAACCUGGACUCAAAACAUGGGACUUUUCUUUCUGCACCUAUAAAAGCUCACGAGAGAUAUGUGUUUAAGGAUGUGUGUUUGAAAUUUUUUUGUAAUUUCUCCAUUUAAGAUCAAUUUAAAAUAUCCAGUUUGGCUUUAGAAGAUGAUUACCGGACUAAGGCUUGAAUCAUUCAGUCUAUAGGAUACAAAAGCAGCGUACAAAUUUAUUUAAAAUCAUCAGAUCUGUUGAGUAUUUCUGCUAUUUACAAUGAUAAUAAAAUAUGUACGCACA